UUUCUCUCAAAUUAUGUUUUGUGUUGGUUGAAAUAGGAACUUAAACUUUUAAAAUAUUUAUUAUAAUAAUUUGUUUAUAAUGUCUAAUAGCCAAGCAAUACCUGGACUUACACAAAAAAAAGUGUUUAAAAUUAUAGUGCUAGGUGACUCUGGUGUUGGGAAGACUUGCUUAACCUACCGUUUCUGCGAACAGAAAUUCCUAGAUAUCUCAGAAGCUACAAUAGGUGUGGAUUUCAGGGAAAGAACCAUAUGGAUUAAUAAUGAAGACAUAAAACUUCAGCUAUGGGACACCGCUGGACAGGAGCGGUUCCGCAAGUCCAUGGUGCAGCAUUACUACAGGAACGUGCAUGCUGUGGUCAUCGUCUACGACGUCACCAAGCCAGAGACCUUCCAUUCAAUAGUAAGCUGGAUGGAGGAAGUGGAGUCCCAUGGCCUGAUGAACUCCCCUCGGGUGCUGGUCGGCAACAAGUGUGACUGCGGAACUCCCGAGUCCAGGUUGGCCACGACGUAUGCCCAGCGGUUGGCUGACAAAUAUGGCAUGCCGUUAUUCGAGACGUCGGCCCUCUUGGACUCGGAAUGCAACACGGUGGAGUCCAUCUUCAUGACCCUGGCUCACAAGCUAUACUCCAAGCAGCCAUUAAGAGUCGUCAGUGUUGAGGGGGAACAUAGUUACAACGUCGUCAAUUUGCGACGUCAAAAACGACAGCCGCAGCCAGGGGACAGCACAUGUUUGUGUAGUUAGGUCCAUUACUUUUGUAAGUUGGUUCAAAGAAAAUUGUUUGAUUUUACUAAAGAAGACCUGAGGAUCGAUUCACAAACGUCGAUAAACGAUAACACAUUCUUUUUACUCUUUGUGGUUAACCAUAGAGAAAGAGAGGGAAGUUAUGUCUUAUUCAUUAACAACGUGCGAGGAUAGACCAACCAAAUUCAGCGGUUCAUUUUGCGAACAUAACCUAUGGAGCGCUGUAAUUGGUUGAAUUACGCGCGAAUGGCGUUUCACGAAUUUAAGAUUUGGACGACACAGGUAUUUCUUCAGGUAAAGCACCCGGCAUAUAAUUUCAUCCUAGAAUGUGACAUAGUUUGUGAAAAAUCUUUUUUGUGCAGCGUCCAUAGAGUUCAAUCGAGUUCUUGGUUCAAUUUAUAUGCCGGGCGCUAUACCUACAGAUGUAUGAAGACUUAAGCAGGUAAAUAUACCUGGUGACCGUCUUGUUGAUCCGUCUCUUUUGGCCAAAAUUAUAUUAAUUGUAUUUUGAUACCAUUUGAAAUAACAUUCUAAUUUCGUCUUAGAAAUAAGUAAAGCAACUCGUAUAGUUACUAAGGACAUAAAUUUAUAUAAAAUAAAUUAAAAAUCAAAAUUUAUGUUAAAAUACCCUUCGCGUAAUGUAGCCGGGAUAAAAUCAGUGCAUUUAAAAGGUAAGUUAGAUUUUGUAGGUUGUAUAAUUAUUAAUAUUUUUUAUUUUUUGAUCUCUAUAAACAUAAGUGUUGUUUUAUAAUAUGCUUACAAUAAAUUUAGCGCUAGUAUUGCCAGUUUUAUUAAUAUUUUUUGCGUCUUUUUAUUAUUAUUUGGUUAAAACUAUUGGAACGCAAAGAAUACAUAAAUUAUCAGACCUUGGUAGCUUGCAGCAAUACUUAAAAUUAUUUUCAAUAAUUUUUACCAUAAAUAGUUAAAGAAAAUAUAGUCUUUGAAGUACAAAAUAAAUUGAAACACACACAAUCUUUAUUUCAAUGAAUCGUGCCCUAGUUAAGAUUUUCAUUCCCCCUGUAUUGUGAGUGAUAAAUUAUUUAUAUUAAUAUUUUAAGAGACAGAUUAAAUGUAUACUUUCU